UUCAAGAAAACAUUUGAUGAUAUAUAGAUCAGUGCAUUUUUAUUUAUUCAAAAAUAUGCCUUUGCAUUGAAAUCACACAGAUCAAAGGUGAGGAAAAAUGGACCAGCCUGUCCAUGAGGGAUUUUAGUGGUUUUAUAUUGUGCUUUGACACUUUUACAGAUCAGUCACCUUCAAUUUACUGCAAACCACCAUAUGGGUCUCCAUCCACCGUAGUCCAGCUCGCAAAGGUCCUGGUCAAGUGUUAAGCAGCAAAGACCUGUAAUUUAUGUUUAUACUCAUACUUUUCCUUGCUUAAACAUUAGAUGGCAUACUAGCUUCAUUCCAGCAACUUUACCUGUUCUCACUGCCUAAAGGGACAUCUAAAUGGUAGUCCAACCCUUGUUAUCAUUGUAUUUCACUUACAAAAGAACAAUUAUACUCUAUUUUAUAGAAUCAUUAUACCAGACUGAAAUGUUUAGAUCACAUCACAUCACAAGAUCGUUCUGUAGAACAGCAGAAUGAAAUACGAAACCCACACAGACAAAUACAUUGUGGUCUCUGCAUCCAUUAGUAAUGUAUCCCGUUUCAUUUUUAAACCUUGCUGCCCAGUUACAUAAGUUUUUAUUUGUUACCAGGACACACGCAAACCUCUAAACAAAUAUCAUCCACAUUAACAGGCUGAAACUGAACCUCUUUUAAUUCUUACUUCAACACAAAUGUACACCUACAAUCCUCUUGUUAGUGUGUUUAUGUCCAGCAUUUGAGAGAACGUAAAGGUCAGCAGUCUCAGACUCUGAUGACUGGGAUGAAGAUGAGACUAGGUGUUAUUCAGCAGUACUUUUCAGUAUCUAUAGUGAAGAGCAUCAGAAUUUCCACAGCUUUCCACCUGCAGAAACACACAGACUGCUGAUAAUGGAUAAAGGACUGUCACCCCCUCCAUAUCCUGGACCACCAAUGGUUCAAACAAAUAUUUCCUACCAGGCACCGCAGGUUGCCUAUCAAACCCAACCAGUUCCAGUGGCCACUGUAUACAAUCCACCACCCGCACAGACAGUCAUGGCGUCCAACAUAAUCCAAACACAUCAGUCACCGGGCACUGCUACAGUUUACCCAGCACAAUUUGCACAAGCCCCAGCCAUGUCUUCAUCCACUGUAACUCAGACAGUCCAGUCUUCAUCUAUGCCUGGCAUUGUUCCAGUGGCAGUCUACCAACCACAGCCCACCGUCAUGUCAUCCACCGUGACUCACACGGUCCAGUCUGCUGCACCUGUAGCCACAGUGGUAGUUGUGCCACCACGUCUGACUGACGUCCCGGGACAGAUGAAAUGUCCUCACUGCCAGCAGCAGGUCGUUACAGAGACGACAUAUGUCAACGGCCUGUUUGUGUGGGCUAUCUGUGGAGGACUUGGCAUUUUGGGGAUCUGGCCGUGCUGUUUGAUUCCAUUCUGUGUGGAUUCCUGCAAAGAUGUAGAGCAUCGCUGUCCAAGCUGCAAAACCCUCGUCUAUGUGCACAAACGCAUGUAGCUUGUUCUGAAACAAAGAAAAACUGGAAGACAAAAUGAAAC